UUCACUCCAAGCCCCCUAUCUUUCUCCUCCAAUCUCGUUCUUCUAUCAGGUAUUUCUACAAACACAUCUCGGCAUUUAAAGCUUUUGAAACGUUUCUUUUUGCUCAACCAUGGCAAGACCGCAACAACGCUUCCGUGGCGUCCGUCAAAGGCACUGGGGCUCCUGGGUCUCCGAAAUCCGCCACCCCUUAUUGAAGACUAGAAUUUGGCUAGGCACAUUCGAAACGGCAGAGGAUGCGGCAAAAGCAUACGACGAAGCGGCAAGACUGAUGUGUGGGCCAAAAGCACGAACAAACUUUCCAUACAAUCCAAACGAGUCACAAUCUUCAUCAUCAAAACUUCUUUCAGCAACUUUGGCAGCUAAAUUACAUAAAUGUCACAUGGCUUCCCUCCAACUGAACAAAAAGAACGUGAAAAGAGAGCCACUCGAUCAGCCACAAUGUGCACCAUUCGCCGGAAAACCCAUCCAAACAAGCCCUGAAUGGCCGGAGACGAAAUGGGGUGGCGCCGGAGAAACCCACAUGGGUAAUAGUACUCAACAGCAAUUUAAGGCACUUGAAGAUGACCAUAUAGAACAAAUGAUACAAGAAUUGCUUGACUAUGGAUCCAUUGAGCUAUGCUGCAGUGAAAAUUCAACAUAAACGAAAAAAAAAAGGUGUACCAAUAUUGAAUGGCUAAUGCAAGUUUUCUUGUUUUGGUUUGAUCUGAAGUUGGGAAAAGUAGCGAUGCAUAGAAAGUGAUAAAGGUUAAUGUAAAUGAGGCAAUCUAAUUUAGAUUUUGGACAAA